UGCACUUGUUUUCUUUCAAAGUUUUCUUUGGAAGAAAGAUAAACAAACACACACACGAGUACGUACUCCCUACACUAUAAAAUCUCACCGUCAUACCGAUUUAUAUCGAUAUCGUCACCGGCUACAACAUACAAUCCGAUCAACUUUUAUACGAUAAUCGUUCGACCGAAUUUUGGUUUUUUGUUUGUGCGUUUUUUCUAGGGCUUUUGGCGCUUCAUUGUCUUCACAUGGCUUCUUCAUCAAUUGUGAUCAAGGUUAAGUUUGGGGAAACACUUCGGCGUCUCAAUGCUUCUAUCAAAGACAAGAAACUUGCUCUUGACAUGGAUUUGUUGGAGGAUAAGAUUCGGAGCCUGUUUAACCUCGGUUCCGGUGUUGAGUUCACCAUGACUUACGUUGACGAAGAUGGUGACGACGUUACUCUUGCUGAUGAUAGUGACCUUCAUGAUGUUGUACAACAAUCUCUGAAUCCAUUGCGAAUUACUGUGAACUUAAAAGGUAGCAGCAAGUUCAACGGAUCAAGUGGCAUUUCCACUCAUUCCACUCCCGUGAGUUCACCACAAAAUCCACAUCCAUUUCAAACCUUGAACGCCGGAGUUUCUGAAAUCUUGAAGUCUAUUCCCGAGCCAUUUCUUGAAGCUCUUGCAAAGCUGCCGCUUGAGUUGGCGUCUAAAGCAUCGUCGUCCUCUGCUCCUGCGGUUGCUGAGCUUGUGGAAAAGAUGAAGACUGUGUACUUGAAUGAGAUUUUACCCUCUAUGGCUACCCCAAGCGUGCACCCUACUACUGGUGGUCCACCAAAUACAAACUCUGAAUCGGCUACUGGUAAAAACAGUAAGGUUCAGGUGAACCCUGAAGCUGGAGGCUCAAACACAAAGAAGAAAGAAAAGCAAGUUGAAAAGGUUACUGUUGGUGCUACUGGUAAAAACAGUAAGGAGCAGGUGAACCCUGAAGCGGGAGGCUCAAACACAAAGAAGAAAGAAAAGCAAGUUGAAAAGGUUACUGUUGGUGAAGGGUCUACUGGCAAAAAUAAGAAAACUACUGAUGGUGUUGAGAAAAAUGAAGAUCGAUGCUCUGAGAAGAAGGAUGAUUCUUUGAAUGAGCCUUUGAAGCAUGGCAUUUUUGGUCCUUUUGCGGCUUGUGGGGGUUGGUAUGCUCAGAACGCUACUGAUAUUAACAAAAAUACUAAUGCUUCUGGCAGCUUUUUGUAUGAGCCUUCGAAGCAUGGCUUUCUUGGUCCUUCUUUCGCGCCUCAUGGGGGUUGGAAUGCUCAGAACGCUACUGAUAUUAACAAAAAUACUAAUGCUUUUGGCAGCUCUUUGUAUGAGCCUUCGAAGCAUGGCUUUCUUGGUCCUUCCGCGGCUCAUGGGGGUUGGUAUGCUCAGAAUGCUACUGAUAUUAACAAAAAUACUAAUGCUUCUGGCAGCUCUUUCGGCUUGGCUCAGGGAACGUUGAAUGCGACUAAUCAAUGUCCGUUUUCCGGGAUGCCGUUAAUGACCGACUCUGAUUCACAUCUUCCUCGUUCUCGCAGUUCUCAUUCGAAGAGAUAUAAUGGUGCUAAUAGUAACACGGGCAAUGUAUUCCACAGGGGUAUUAUUUGCGAUGGUUGUGGAGUUCACCCGAUAACCGGCCCAAGAUUUAGGUCAAAAGUCAAAUUUGAUUAUGAUCUGUGCAGUAUUUGCUUUGCGGAAAUGGGAAAUGCUACUGACUACAUCAGAAUGGAUCACCCAACGAACAGUUUUAGCCAUCAUCUUUUGUCUUCGAAGGGGUUCUAUGAUCCCUCUCUUCGUAUUCCACCACUCGGAACUCCUGGAUCAAAUCCAUCUCUGUCAAAGCUCGAUAGCCAGUUCGUACUUGAUGUCAAUGUUCUUGAUGGGACCGUCAUGGCUCCACAUACUGCAUUCACUAAAAUAUGGAGGAUGAGGAACAAUGGUUCUAUCGUCUGGCCAUACGGCUCGCAGUUUCAGUGGAUUGGUGGAGAUCGUUUAAGCAGUUCACGUUCUGUUAAUGUUGAGAUCCCGGUGCAUGGGCUGCCUGUGGACAAGGAAAUUGACGUUGCAGUUGAUUUUACGGCUCCUGAAAUCCCGGGUCGUUAUGUUUCUUACUGGCGGAUGUCGUCUCCAUCUGGAGAGAAGUUUGGGCAAUGGGUUUGGGUCGUAAUCCAGGUUGAUGCGUCUAUGAAGAAUUUGGGUGAAACCUCGAUCAACCUGAACCUACCACCAGUCACGAGAGACCCGGAAAUGGUUAAUCAGGAUAAUCUGGUUGAUAACGUCUUUUUAGGAAACAAUACCAUCACUGAUUCUGCAAAUACAUCUGUUGAUACGACACCUAAGGAUCACUCUAUGAACGUUCCUAUUAAUGACUCGUUGAUUACUGAUAAUGAUGGAGUGUCAAGCACCAUCGCUACUCUUUCCACUCCACCCGAGACUGCUAGCGUUUCAGCAUUUAGUCCUGCAGAAGUGAGGACCGCUUUAGGUUUGGAUAGUGAACCAAUUGGUAACCCUACAGUAGACAUCUCUGUAAUGCCGCCUAUUACGAGUAGUGGUGCAGCAUCACUGCCCACGGCGGUAGUUCAGCGACCAUCGGGUUCUGGUAGUGAAGUGGUAACUGAUGACAAGGAGCAGGCUCUUGUGAAGGAGCUGGAGGCGAUGGGAUUCAAGAAUCUGGAUUUGAACAAGGAGAUCUUGAGGACUAACAAUUACGAUUUGGAUAAAUCUAUCGAUGAUCUUUGUGGUAUUCUAGAGUGGGAUCCAAUUCUUGAUGAGCUGCGGGAAAUGGGUUUCGUAGACGAUGAAGCAAACAGGAGGCUGUUGAAGAAGAACAAUGGAAGUAUCAAGGGCGUGGUCAUGGAUCUCAUCAGUGAGGAGAAGGCGUAAUCUAAGAACUCGUAUUUGGAUAAAAGCUUCUAUUUCUAUCUAUCUAUAUAUAUUAUAAAUGUGGGGAAGACUUGAGUGUGUGUGUGUGUGUAGUGUUGCGCGUUUGUGUGGGCGCGGGUGUGGGUCUUUUAUACUCUUUUAAGUUGGUUGUUGAAUAACAAUGGUUUUACAGGGUUGAUGCCGUGGUUGUACAACCCUGGUUCUUGCGUUGUGCUUAAUAUAAAAUGACUUUAUGGUUAUACAA